AUCCUAUUCGGUUCUAUUAUGGAAUUGGUGGUGGACUUAGGCUCAUUCCUUGAGAAUGGGGAUCUACCUGCAAGGCCACAUCGCCGGGUGACCCUGGCACGAUCAGAGGAGCCACCUUACACAUCAAGAGUUGAGACAUGGUGGCAGUGUCUUCUCGCGGCUCUAA